AUCAGAUUUUGAUUUUCUUUCGGAAACUAAUUGCAGAAUUCAAAAGAAAAAAUGAAAAUCAAGUGCAUAUCUCGCGCUGAAGAGGAUUUCACUCGCGAACGGAGUCAAGAUCUCCAGCGAGUUUUCCAUAACUUCAAUCCGAGUUUGCGACCGAUGGAAAGAGCUGUUGAAUAUCAACGAGCUUUAAAUGCUGUAAAAUUGGACAAGAUAUUUGCUAGACCUUUCAUUGGAGCUAUGGAUGGCCAUAUAGAUGCUGUUUCAUGUAUGGCAAAGAAUCCUAAUCACCUGAAAGGAAUUUUUUCGGGUUCCAUGGAUGGAGAUAUUCGCCUUUGGGAUAUUGCUUCCAGGAAGACAAUUUGCCAGUUCCCUGGUCAUCAGGGUGCUGUCCGGGGUUUGUCAGCUUCUACUGAUGGACGUGUUCUUGUAUCUUGUGGAACAGAUUGCACGGUGAGGCUCUGGAGUGUUCCAGACUCAAGUAUUAUGAGGAUGGAUGAAUCAUCUGAUGGUUCUACUGAGCCGCUGGCCGUUUAUGUUUGGAAAAAUGCUUUCUGUGCUUGGGGUGGUGAUCACCAAUGGGGUGGUGAUCAAUUUGCAACAGCUGGUGCUCAAGUUGAUAUAUGGGAUCACAAUAGGUCAGAGCCAAUAAGGAGUUUUGAAUGGGGGAAGGAUACUGUUAUAUCCCUUCGAUUUAAUCCUGGAGAACCAAAUAUUUUAGCCACAUCUGGCAGUGAUCGCAGCAUUACGUUAUACGACUUGCAGUUAUCAACUCCAGUGAGGAAGCUGAUCAUGAAGACAAAGACUAAUGCUCUCUGCUGGAAUCCAAUGGAGCCGAUGAACUUCACAGCUGCAAAUGAGGAUUGCAACUGCUACAGUUAUGAUGCUAGAAAACUGAAAGAGUCCAAGAAUGUGCACAAGGAUCAUGUUUCUGCAGUGAUGGAGAUUGAUUACUCACCUACUGGUCGGGAGUUUGUUACUGGCUCUUAUGAUAGAACUAUAAGAAUCUUUCCAUAUAACGGCGGCCACAGCCGGGAAAUCUACCAUACUAAGAGGAUGCAAAGGGUAUUUUGCGUGAAAUUCACCUGCGAUGCCACUUAUGUUGUUUCUGGGAGUGAUGACACUAAUCUGCGGUUAUGGAAAGCCAAUGCAUCAGAACAAUUGGGAGUGAUUGUUCCAAGGGAGCGGCAAAAGCACGAAUAUAAUGAGGCUCUGAAGAAAAAACACCAGCACUUCCUAAGAUUAAGAGCAUUUAUAGGUAUGCAUAGACACUUGCCUAAAGCAAUAUUCAAUGCGGUCAAUCUAAGGCGCAUGAUAAAUAAUGCAGCUAUGAAGAAAGAGAAUAGGAGAAGAGCUCACAGUGCUCCAGGAAGCAUGCCAAGGCAGUCACAGCGCAGAAGUAGAAUCAUCAAAGAAGUCGAGUAACCGCGAGCAAAAGAAGAUUACAAGUGUUAAUACCAACUCCCUUGCACCAAUUUUGGUAGAGUAUACUACUUUUUUUUGCUCGAUUUCCUUUGUAAUUGUAUAAACGACUGCAGCACGUACGCUGUUCUUUUUAACUUAAAUUGUAUAGCAACUUCGGUAUCUGAUAUCAGAAGAGUUUAUCUACUUGCAUAUUUAUGUAAGGCAGUGAAAACUUGAUGAACGA